AAUUCGAACGGAGUAUAGACAAUUGAAACCAUAGAGUAUACUAUAAUGCGAACGUACAGCCUUGUGCUGGUGCUGGCCGCUUUCGGCCUGGCUUUGGCUGAAGACACCCAAUCGGAUAUAGAUGAGACUUCCAGUGAGGAAAUUGUAGAAGAAAAACCUGUUUUGGCCAUACCUAAAGAAAAACUAUUAUGGUUGAUACUAAAUAUGGAAAAGUUGAAGGUGGAUUAUCGUUCAGCGGACUUUAUUAUGAGUUUAUGGGAAUAAAAUAUGCUGUCCCCGUGGAUUUUAAGGCCCCCGAAGAACCACCAUCGCACUCUGACGUAUACAGAGCCGAUAUCCGCGCAGUAUUAUGCCCGCAAUUUCCUUCCACGACCCCUAACCGCUCCGAGUGACAACCCUGAUUGCUUAGUCCUCAACGUUUACACCCCUACAUCUAUCAACGGGUCUCUUCCCGUCAUGUUCUUCAUUCACGGAGGCGGUUUUGGAGUCGGUUCAGGUUCCCCAGCAUUUUACGGCCCGCAAUACCUCCUUACACACGAUGUUAUCCUAGUUACUGUCAAUUAUAGGCUGAAUGCUUACGGCUUCCUUAAUCUGCAUACGAAAGAAGCUCCGGGUAAUGCUGGUUUGAAAGAUAUCAGAGCAGCUUUGCGAUGGGUCAGGGAUAAUAUCAAGAAUUUCGGCGGAGAUCCUGAUAAUGUUACUAUUUUUGGACACGGCACUGGCGGUACUGCUGCCAUUUUGAUGACAAUGUCUGAGUCUACUAAAGGAUUGUUUAAACGAGUGAUAUCAGAGAGCGGGUCGCUCUUUACACCACAGUCUUUUGAUCCCAAUCCAAUUGACACUGCAAUUCAAAUAGCUAAAUGUUUGGAAGUGAAUACAGAAGACCCUGAAAAACUUUACGAAGUGUUUUCCGAAACGCCAAUUAUUAAAUUAGAAGAGGCUAUUAUGAAGCAGAUGAAUUCUCGUUCGGUCUUCGUUCCGUCAGUAGAGACGGUCUUCGAAGACGAAGAACCCUUCCUAACAGACACUCCUUAUAACAUUCUGGUUCAGAAUAAGUCGCAUUGCGUGCCAAUUUUAAUAGGUCUUAAUACUGUGGAAGGAUUGACAAGCACUUUGGACUAUUUUACGAUAACAAGUCAAUUAGACCGAUUAGUGAACGAAGAUUACUCUGUACUGGAUCAGAGGAAUCUAAUAGUUCCUAAAGACGAGAAAGAAGAUUUUAGGAAUCUAAUAAAAGACACUUAUUUCGCUAACACGACAGAGGAGGCUUUGGUUGGUGGACUUAUUAAUUAUAAUAGUGAUUUCUCUUUUGUUGGACCGAUGGAUAUGUUCAUUGAUAUGUACGCUAAUAUCUCAAGUCAGCCUGUCUUCUCUUAUAUCUUCAAUCAUAUAGGAACAAGGAAUUUAGGAAGGUUGCUAACUAAUUCUAGUCUUCCAGCGACUUCGCAUUAUGAUGAAUUGUUUUAUAUCUUCGAAUUGGAAAGGCUUCCAUUGCCAAUGGAUGAGGAAGAUGCUAGAAUCGUCACGUUUAUGACGAUGCUGUGGACCAACUUUGCUAAAUAUGGCACUCCAACCAUAGAUUCCGGUACUGGGGAAUGGUUGCCGUAUCCACAUAAUCUAGCUAUUGCCAUCGAGCCACAAUACGUAACCUCCUUGACGCCAGAGAGAGCGCAGUUUUGGCGCGAAUUAUAUCAGAAAUAUGGCGCGGAAAUCAACAAUGAAAUAUAACCUAAAAAUAUUUGGGUGUUUGACCUUUUAAUAUUUUUAGUACAUUUUAACGAAAUCAUAAUAUUUUUAAAGAUUGAUUGACAACAUUUAUUAGUUAUACAUAAUUAAGUCUUGUUUUUUAGCAACAUAACACGAAAAUAGCGUUUUGUAAUUUCACUUAUUUUUUUUAUGUUUUUAUUUUUAAGCGAAAGUACUCUAAAUACAUCAAUAAAAGGUCAAAAUACCCAAUUAAUUCCAAAUUCACGAAAGAAGUUUAAUAUUUCAUAUUUAGGCGCAAAAUUAUUGUUUUCUUAGCUUUUAAAAAUAUUUUUUUCUUCAUUGGUUUAGCAAAAUUUUAAUAAAUUUCUGGUGAAUAUUUCCAUUGCAUUAAUAUAAGUGUUUCUUAUUUAAUUUAUUUAUUUAUUGUAAAUAAUAAUUGUAAGUAAAUUAUAUUUUUAAAA